AAAAACGAGAAAACGGGUAGAGAAGGAAGUGACGUCAGUAUAAACAAGAUGGCGGGCACCUGCAAGUGAAUUAUCUUUGACACCAGAUUCAUCAUUUCUGCAAUGCCAUGACAAAGGAUUGUACUUAUUGUCAAGAUUUUCACUUAGAAGAACCAGAUACUGUUGCUGAGAUGCUUCUACAGUUGUAUAUGCUCCAAACUCAAAACAAUCAGAUUGAAUCACAGUGACAGUACUGCUGAGAAAAAGCACAAGAGAAAGUUUUCAAGAUGGAGGAGAAAUCAGGAAUGUUGUCAAAACUGAAGCAGGCAUCGUCUGCUGAAGAAGAACUGAAGAUUCUGCAGGCUGUCCAAGACAGGCUCCUUCCCAGUCUGACGGAGCCUCUCAUCUCCGACCUAGAUGCCGAUGUCUGUGAAAAACAAUUUCUAGAAUCGGGAUUCCUCGAGGAUGAUACCCCAUUUCCAGGUCACAGUCCAGAAAUGUUAUAUUCCAAACAAAAUGACUUGAAUGAUUUUACAUACUACCUCUUGAAUCGGAGGUAUGGUUGGUCAGAGCUGGAAGGGAAGCCUGGGAGCAAAGCCAGAGCGCGGCCUGCGAAGGCAAGUGUCAUGGCAGGAGAAGUGAGGCACAAGGCAUUACUGAAUGACCUCUUGGAUGACUUUAUCAAAUGGUACAUGUGCCAAAAGAUGACAAAAGCUUUGCUGGAAAGUUUGAUGUAUAGUAUACAACAAGCUACCAAUAAGCCUGUAGUCCGUAACCAAACUAUAAUCCAUGCCAUGAAUUGGAUCAAGUUGAACCUUGAUAACUUGGAAGAGGAACACUUCACUCUAGUCAAGGACAUCAUCCUACUAGGAUUAACAGAUGUUUGGUCAGCUAUCAGGAAUGCCUGUGUGGCUCGCCUGAGUGGAAUUAUAGAACAUAUCACUCUGGACCAGCUCCAGUCUUUCUUCAGCAAUUUAGCCGCUAUUUGUAAAGGAGAGGAUUCCUCAUGGCAAGCAAAAGAAGGGGCCGUGAUGGGUAUCAAUAUAGUAGUGAGACGGUUUCAGUGGAUUGGGUUUGACAUAGAGAACAGCUCUCCACGUGACACAAAGAGUACUAGAACAGAGUAUUAUCUCAAGUUUGGAAAAGAAGAGAUGUCCGAGAUGCCAGUGUUUAUCACCAGUCAGAUGCACACAGUGAUCUUCCCACUGCUGGCCCAUCCACAGCUCAGUAUCAGAGAGAAUGCCACCAAAGCUUUCUCAUCCUUCUUAUCCAGAUGUGAAUUUAAGGAAGCUUUGACGGCUUUUCGAGAUCUGAUCAAGCAACUGUGCCAGGGAAUUAAUCUCCCCAGUUAUGAAACGGCAAACGGAAACUUGCCUCUUCCUCAUGCAACAGUAUUAGGUUCUGGGUUCAGAUUCAUGGACGCAUAUGCUGCAGAAGGUUUGCUGGGCGUCUGUGUGUUCUUAGUGAAGCACAUCCCUCCUGGCUUCCUGCUCCCAAACUGGCCCCUGUAUUUCUCUACAUUCAGCCUGUACCUCAUGCACCCUGCCUCCACAGUGAGACAGGCAACCAGCACAAUAUUCAAGUACCUCGUUGCCAAAGAUAGCAGUAACCCCACUCUCCUGAAGCUGGUAUUACAAAACUUGAGCACUGACUGGAAAGUUAACAUGGACCUCUUGCUCCAGCCCUGCAACCUUCAGCAUUUCUGCCACUUCAAACCUCUCAAAACAAGGGGAGAAAGAAAGGACAGCGCAGGUAGCCCAAGGUCCCAUGACAGUCAUCCCUCAUUAGGUCCUUCAAGGACUAGAUCCUACUCCUGGACGUGCCCCAGAGGGCGGAGAAAAAGCAUCACAAAGUUAGACGAAACUGCAAGCAUUGCAGAGCACGUGGAGACCCACACUCCAAGUAUAAUGGAUGGUGAGGCCACCCUUGCAGAGACAUGGGAAUGGAGGGAAGGCAGGCUGUUUGCAUAUGAACUCAUCUUUAGGUUCCUCAUUAAGAACCAUUGGUUGUACACCUUUGGUUUGGUAUCACAGCAGUCGGUGCCCAAGCUACCACAUGGACAGUCUAUAGACGAGGGCAAUGACCACAAAUCCCCUCGGGACAGUAAGCAUGCUAAGCUCCAGCACAGCCAAAGUUAUGGUGGUCAGGCUCUGAGGAACAUGAUGCCAAGGUCACCAGGAAGUCCAGAUAGUGGGAGCUCGGGGACAAGUACAAAGCAUGGUCACAGCUAUGCAGGAACCACAAUGGAUAGUCUGUUUGUUCAGUUGCCUAGAAAGGGCAAAAAGGAGUGCAAUACAGUAGCCAAUGAAGUGGAUGUAGAUAUCCGUAGUGAGAGUCCUCUAUCCACAUCUGGCUCCAGUGCAGGAAGACCACCAGCUCCACAACGUGGUCAAACCGUAGGCAAUUUUUACGUCCCUCAAGUACAGACAGAGCCACCUGGUGGUCAGAUUAGAGCCAGGUCAGGCAGCAUAGAGCAUCACUUGACGUGCCCAUCAUUACGAAGCCUGGUGCACCAGUACUCGUAUUACGUUAAACCAAAUGUCCCAUUCCGUCCCCCAGGAACGCUGUCUGGACCACAGGCCUCGUCACUUCUCACACACACACGGGUUAUCGACAAGAGGGCCAAGAAGGAGGCACCUAGAAGGCCCAGUAAAGAAGAAGUUGGUCUGAUUCCAAAUAAAGACCAGAAUAUGCAGAGGUCAACCCUGUGUCCCUCUCCCCUGAGCAAUGCCACUGACCAGGGCUUUCCAGAUGACCGGGAGCCAGCUUGGCUGUCCAACCUAGAACUGAAGCCAUUGUCCACUCUGUUGAAGAACAUGCUGUAUCAGACUGUGGAGUGCCUGGCUGACACACGCUGGGAGCUGAGGAGGAUGGGACAGCAGGUGCUCCCUUGUGUAGUGGAGGUGAUAAGGUGGUAUGACAUGGCAAUACUGGAGGAGUUAUGGAACGAACAUCUCACCCCCAACACCACUCUACUCUGCUAUGGUGCCUGUAUUGCUUUUAAGUAUUCCCUGUCUCAUGCUGCCAAACUGGCCCCUAUGUUAUCUGAUCCACCAGUCACAUGGCAGGAUUCAGAAACCUGCAAACGUACAGUUCAUGCCAUCACCACCUCGGUCACUGCUCAUCUGGCUCUACGUGUCACAUGUGCCAACAGUCUUCUCCAUCGCCACUGUUUUGAUAGGCUGUCCCUAGUUGCCAUGGAGAUACUGAUGUUGGUGCAUACACACUUUACUUUACCAGCUGAUCAGAAAUCUAGAGAGGUUCGCACCAUAGUGAACUUCUGCCAGCAGAUGUUCCUCCAUGCCCACUCAGACAGCAAGCUGGGGACAGAUCUGGCCAAGGUGGUCCAACCUGUCACCUUUGUCACCCCACUGGACGGGUUCCUCAGUUUCUCCCCAAGAGAAGAGAAGGUCCAGCACUGUGCUAAACAGGUGGAGAAGCAUGUGCUGUCUGAGCUGCAGCAGGUGUUGGUGCCCUUCCUCAAGGUCACCAAGGUCACUGAUAUCCUGAGCUUACUUCCUGUCACAGUGUUCUAUAUAGGAGAAUAUGUCGAUGACGAGAAGGUGGCUAAUACUGUUUUGCAAUGUGUCCAAAUCAUGACAACAAACCUGAUAGAGCAGGUCAGACAAGAAGGACUGAAUGAGGACAGGGCAGUGGAGGUGAACAGGUAUACAGGAUGGGCCCUGCAGGAGAUUGCCAGCUUGGUGUCAUCAAGGAGUACGGAGCUCCACAUCUUGCGCCACUUGUUGGAGUUACAUACCAGUUUGAAUAAGUUUGCCUCAGGUCCUCAACAUCUCAAGUCCUUGUUCCAGGCUGUUUGCUCCCGCAUAUCCAUGGUUGACACAACGAAGCCAAAUUUUCCUGCCCAUGAGAAUCUCGUCAUCUUAUCCAAUGAUAUAGCCUCUCCUGUUCCCUUCACUGACAAAGUGGAAGAUGACACAGACUCUGAGGAAGAGGAAACCAAGCUCUUGGCCGAGACAGUGUCGGACACCAUGUUGCAAGAAUCCCUCAUUCUCAAUGGCAGCAACAACAGCGGAGGUCAGCUUUCUGGUCGGCAGAGUGCUAUGAGUGGGUGUAGUGUGCCCUCUGGUGGCCGUCAGAGUGCCAUGAGUGCAAUAAGUGGCGGCUCAGUAGAGGGCAGCAGUUGUCGUCUGAUGUCACAGAUGUCAAAUCCUUCAGAUGCUGGGUCUGACUGGGACAGCUGGAGUGAAGAUGAAGAGGAUCAGCCUGUUCUGUAUAGUUUGUUCUCCGAGUUCCUGGACAAUCUACAUAAGCAGUACAGUAAACUGCCUAUUGAGGAGGACAAAACAUCUACAUUUGCUGCUGAAUUGAGAAAAGUUUCAGAGAAGGACAGGAAGCUUCUUAAAGGCAUCAUGGGUAAAAGCUGAGGCAUGCUGGGAGAUUGCCCAGUGGUUUACGACCCACUUCUUGUGGAUAGGAAGACAAUAGUUCUUUCAGCUGUGCCAAAUUCAAUGCCGAUGACAAUACUAGUAUAUGUCAAUGACAGUCACAGUCUUAACAGCAGGGGUUUAUUUCAUAAAAGAACUUUAAACAGAACAAUUGCCUUUUUAUAUUUUGGUCUAUUUAUAUCCAGUAUACAACUGCAAUACAUGGUCUAAAAUUAUAGUCCUUUUUUGUUACAAAAAAUUC